AUGGCUGCCCUGGUAGGCCCUCGUGAAUACUCCCUGGAGCCCCAACGCCACCCAUCUCUUCGAAUCAACGCCAAGGUAAUGGCGGUCUCCAGUUCUCUACGGGAUUUGGGUUCCUCCCAACCACCGUGACGAAUUUCUUCUAGAAAUCAGCCGGCCACAUCCCGCUUAGAUGAUAUCAGAGACUCCAGUCUGAUAGGCUUCACGUGACAGGAACCCUUCAAUGCCGAACCUCCGCGGGCCGCUCUGGUAUCAUCGUACAUCACCCCGGUGGAUCUGUUCUUCAAGAGGAACCACGGACCGAUUCCUAUUGUUUCUGACAUCGACAGGUCCCACCCUGUGAAUCUCUGCUGGAGAGUGCUCCAAACUUCUAACCAAACUCAUCUGAGAUCCCAGAAGAACUGACCCCCGCUCAUAUAUAUUUUCCAUGGCAGAUACCGCGUCUCUGUGGGUGGUUUGGUGGGAAAAUCGAUUCAUCUGUCGAUGGCCGACAUAAGGUGAAUAUGAUUGAAUUACAUCUCGUGAUCUUUCUUCCUCUGCAGUAUACAACUCUAACCAGGGAAAGUGCCUCCCGCAGGAAGCUUCCCAAGUACACUGUCACUGCAACUCUGCAGGUAUAUCUACUCACAUGGAUCUCCCCCUCGCGAGUGUUCUUGAGAGUAAUCCACUGUGCUAUCUGAUCACAUCUUGAAUAUCUCCCUCAGUGUGCGGGGAACAGAAGGACUGCCAUGAGCAAGCGAAGGAAAGUGAGAGGUGUUGGCUGGGACGUGUGUGCUCUUGGAAACGGUCUCUAAGUUUCCUAAUUCCACCUAGAAUGCCCUUUUUUUUUUUCUCUUUUGAACCAUUUCUUGGCUUCAGUAUAUCUGAAAAUAAGUAUUUAGUUUCCUUUUUUAUUAUAUUUUCUUCCAGCAAUCUGGGGUGGAGCAAGAUUAUGUGAUGUUCUAGAGCUUGUGGGCAUCUCAAAAAAUUCAUCAGCGACAGUGAAUGGAGGGAAGCAUGUGGAAUUCAUCAGCGUCGAUAUGUGUGUGGUAAAAGCACACUCAUAUCUGCUCUAUUUUAUUUAUUUUUUUAUUUCUGUGGUGAAUGCUUCAUGGAUUAAUUGACUAUAAUUUUUCAAAUAUCAGGAGGAAAACGGCGGCCCUUACAAGGCAUCGAUUCCUUUGAGGCAAGCGACCAACCCAGAUGCGGAAGUGCUGCUUGCAUACGAGAUGAAUGGCGAGGUAACAGGUUCUACUGGGCCUUCCAGAAGAAUGUGGGGGAGCGAUUUGUAGAUUUAAUUAAUUAAUAAUUACUAUUUCGUCCAAGAUUCUACAUUUACCAUGGGCGGCGGAUCAGAUACUGAUUAUGGAUUACAAUAAGAUGAUCUUCCCUUUUGUUCAUAUAAUAUGAAAAAAAAAAAAGAAAACAGGGAAGGGAGAUUGGAUCCCCCCCCCCCCCCCCACCGCUUCACAUUCUUGCAGGAUUUAUCGGCCGUUUUUAAUGAAAAAAUUAUAUUUAAAUUCAUAUCAGAGAAAUGACGAACAGGUUUUUCAUUCAUCAGGUCAUCAAUCGGGAUCAUGGGUACCCUCUGCGCGCAGUUGUCCCCGGUGUUAUUGGCGCGCGCUCUGUCAAGUGGCUCGAUUCCAUCAAGAUAAUUAAAGAAGAAUGCCAGGUAGAUUACGUGUUAGAACAUUUAAAUGGGAUUAGUUGACUCCCACGGUUAAAAAAAUGGGUUUCUAGCUGCUUUGCGAUCCAUAUAAUUGAAGAACAGAAGACAGAAUAUCGGAUUUAUGAACAAAAUAAAUGAAAUGGGCAGGGCUGAAUCUACGGUUGGAUUCAUGGGCUUCCAUAGUCUUUUUGAAUUAUGAGAAAAUAUAUAUAUAUAUAUAUAUAUAUAUAUAUGUGCUUCACAGUUAGAUGUGGGGACUAAUGGUGAGCCUUUGACUUUCUUUCUGUGAACCAGGGAUUCUUCAUGCAGAAGGAUUACAAGAUGUUCCCGCCCAUUGUGGACUGGCAUAACAUAAUCUGGCCCACGAGGAAGCCCCAAAUGGACUUCCCCGUACAGGUGAGUUGACCUUGCAGGCAGGAUCGAAAAGCAAUUGAUUUGUCCGUUCAUGGGCCAAAGAUAUCUCUGAUUGAAGGAGAUAGGAGAUGAAAACCGUGGCCUUUGGCUUAGAUUAGCUCUGCGAUAUAGUUCUGGUCUGUUCGGUUUCUUCUCCUCCAUGUCAACCCUUCUUGGGUUGACUUCGGGGGGUCAGCCUUGUCGUCCCAAUGCCUCUGCUCUGGUGGCGCUGACUUGAGUCCACCGAGGAUUUUUGGCAAUUUGGCCCCCAUUCCACCUCCGGGUUUCAAGACUAAAUAUGAUUCUGUUCGACUAAAUCAGGCCCACCCCUAAUCUUUGACUUCAGACAGAGUUAUCCUAGAUGUCAAAGGAUGAAAAGAUGAUUUGACCGGCUGAAACAGAGGUUCAUCCUCUAUCUCUGCCACCUCCGGCUAAUCUAACCAUUUCUUUCCAAAUGUGGGUUGACAGUCCGCCAUCUGCUCUCUGAAUGACGACGACGUCGUGGACAGCAACAAGGUCGGUCAACUCCUCCGUAGAAAUCUCUUCUUUGUGAAAUGAAAGUGGGUUGACCUCAGGCAGUGUCGUCAUCUUCCCAGAUCACCGUCACCGGCUACGCUGUCUCCGGCGGCGGCCGCGGGAUCGAGAGAGCUGACAUCUCCGUCGACGGUGGCAAGACAUGGUUCGAGGCUCGGAGGCAGCAGAAGCCCGGGGUCCCCUACGUGGCAGACGGCGUCAGCAGCGACAGGUGGGCGUGGGUCCUCUUCAGCGCCGACGUGGAGGUUCCAGCAGACGCAGAAAUCGUCGCCAAAGCGGUAGUAGGAGGAAGAACCAGUUGACUUGUGUUUCUAUCGCAGUCAAACUGUUUGACGAAAUGCUUCAAAGGAUUUUGCUUUUCUCUGGUGGGCAGGUGGAUUCGGCGGCCAACGUGCAACCUGAAGAUGUGGGGACGAUAUGGAACCUCAGAGGGAUACUGAACACGUCGUGGCACCGCGUACGCGCCCGCAGGACGCCGCGGCGGAGCGCCGCUGGGCUGGGCCAUCCCCGGCUGUGA